UAUUGAUAUUUAAACAGCUAUAUAAAAUUGUCCGAUAUUUUAAAAAUUAUAGCUUAUAAUAAUCAUAUGGUAACUAUGGAGAUCAUUUAUGUAUACAACAAACAUCAUGUGCAAACGAUAUUAAUUUUAAAUAUUUAGUAAAAUUAAACAUAUUGUUUCAUAUUUUACUAUGGAUAAAUAUAUUAUUUUGGAUAAAAUUGGUGAAGGUGCUCAAGGAUUGGUUUUAAAAGGAUAUCAUAGAUCUACUGAACAAGAAGUUGCAUUAAAAAGAAUACUCUUAAAAAAGGUAGAAGAAGGUAUAUCUAUAUCAGUCAUACGAGAAGUUAAAACGCUUCAACAGUUAAAACAUCCUUAUGUCAUAGAACUAUUAGAUACUUUUCCAUUAGGUUUAGAUUAUAUAAUGGUUUUUGAGUAUAUGCCCACAGGAUUAUGGGAAAUAUUAAAAGAUAAUAAUAUUUCGUUAACAAUACCACAAAUAAAAAUAUAUAUGAAAAUGCUUUUGGAAGGUAUAGCAUAUGUACAUGAAAAAAAUAUAAUACACAGGGAUUUAAAACCUGCUAAUUUAUUGAUAAAUAAUGAAGGAAUUUUAAAAAUAGCUGAUUUUGGAUUAGGAAGAUUAAUGUGGGAGGAUACUUCUAAACCAUAUUCUCAUCAAGUUGCUACAAGAUGGUACAGAGCUCCUGAAUUAUUAUAUGGAGCAAAAUAUUAUACAUCAGCUAUUGAUAUGUGGUCUGUUGGUUGUAUUUUUGGUGAAAUGCUUAAUAAUUCACCUUUAUUUCCAGGAGAAACAGAUAUUGAACAAUUGGCAAUAGUAUUAAAAUAUUUAGGAUCUCCUACUGUUGAAUCAUGGCCAGAAUUGAGUACAUUACCUGAUUAUAAUAAAAUUACAUUUCCAUAUAAUAAAGGUACAACAUGGGAAAAUAUUGUACAGGAUGCAGAUCCAGAAGCUAUUGAAUUAAUUAAACAAAUUCUUAUAUAUAAUUCAUCAAACCGUCUUUCUGCUAAAGAAGCAUUGCAACAUAUAUAUUUUUAUUGUAAACCUUAUCCAUCUACAGGAAAUUUAAUAAAGCCAUCACAAGAUCAUCGACUUUCAGUAAAACCUAAAGAGGUUGAAGUAAAUAUUCCAGUAACAACUCUUUUUAAAGCUCUUUUAAAUACUACAUAAAAAUAUAUACAUAUAUAUGUAUAUAUUUUUAAAAGUGAAUUAAGGAUAUAUAAACAUAUAUGUAAAAAAUACAAAAAUGUGGAAUGCUGCUUUAAUAAAAAUAAUUUAUUUAUUAAACUA